AUGCAAAACACAAUAAAUACAAAUGAAUGGAUUAAUUAUAUUGAAGAAUCUAUUUCUAGUGAAUAUUUUAAACUUUAUGAACAAAAACAUUUUAGUAAUAUUCAAAAAGUUGGAACUGGAAGAUUAGGAGAAGUUUACCGUGCAAGUUGGAAAAAUUCACAAUAUUUUGCGUUGAAAUCUUUUUUUAAUCUUGAUGACGUUACUGCAAAAGAAAUCGUUCAUGAGUUUAAACUUCAAAAUGAUAUACAAUUUCAUAAUAAUAUUAUUAAAUUUUAUGGAAUUAUAAAAUUUGAUUCAGAAAAUCAAAAUUCUCAAUCAAAUAAUUAUUUAUUAGUGAUGGAGUAUGCUGAUUCUGGUCCUCUUAAAAAUUAUUUAAAGGAAAAUUUCAAUAGUCUUACAUGGAAUGUUAAAUAUAAUUUUGCGUAUCAAUUAGCCUGUGCCGUGUCAUGUUUACAUAAUGAAGGAAUAGUGCACUGUGAUUUGCACUCCGGUAAUGUAUUGGUCCAUCAAAACAUUAUCAAGUUAUCUGACUUUGGGUUAUCAAAGAGAAUUGAAUCAUCAUCUAACACGCAAUCAAAACUUUUUGGAAUAAUUCCUUACGUUGAUCCAAAAAGAUUUAGUGAACAAAUAUUUUCGUUAAAUGAAAAAAGUGAUAUCUAUAGUGUUGGUGUAUUAUUCUGGGAGAUAUCUAGUGGUCAACCUCCCUUUUAUUCUAAAGGCAAACAAUAUGAUAUUGAUUUGGCUUUAGAAAUUUCACAGGGCCUUAGAGAAGAACUUAUUCCCGAUACACCUGAAGAUUAUGUUAAUAUUUAUACCGAAUGUUGGAAUGGCGAACCAGAUAAACGUCCAACCAUAAAUCAAAUAGUAGAAGUAUUAAAGGCAAUUAUGACAAAGACAAAUAUAAUAACAGAAAAUUAUCAAACAGAAUUAAUUCUUCAUUCAACAUCAACAGAAGGAUUAAAUUUUAUUCCAACUAAUAUUGAUACUUUAUUAAAUAUUGAUAAUUCAUUACAUGGAGAAAUGAUACAAAAUUUUGAUAAAAUGGAUAUAAGAGAAAUAGUACCUAGAUCAUUGAAUGAAAAAAAUUUAAAUAAAACAGUUAAUGAUACAGUAAAUUAUAUUUUCAAAAUAAUUAAUAAGGGAAAAGAAUCAACGCGUGUCAAGUAUAAUAAGGAUAUUCUUGAUUAUUUUGAUAAUAAUAUAAAUUUACAAGAAAUUUACUAUUUACUAUUAACCAAUCAAAAUGAUUUAAAUUCCAAAUUCUUACUUGGAUAUUUUAAUUAUUUAGGGAUUGAAACAAGUGAAAAUAAUAAGGAAGCAUUUGAUUUAUUUAUUAAUGCAUCAGAGCAAGGUCAUAUAUUAGCACAAUUUUACGUUGGAUUAUGUUAUCAAUCUGGUUGUGGAACUGUAAAAGAUGAAAAUUUGGCUUUUAAAUAUUACGAAAAAAUAGCCAAUAUGGGAUAUGCAUCAGGAUUGUUAAAAAUUGGUUAUUUCUAUGAUCAUGGUAUUGGAACUAUAAUUGAUAAGCAAAAAGCAAUUGAAUUAUAUCAACAAGCAGCGAAUUUAGGAAAUAGUGUGGCUCAAUAUAAUCUUGCCCUUACGUAUUAUAAUGGAGAUGGUGUUGAUAAAGAUUAUGAAAAAGCUUUUGAAUUAUGUUACAAGGCAGCAAAUUCAGAAAAUAGUGAUGCUCAAUACAAUCUUGCUCUUAUGUAUUAUAAUGGAGAAGGUACUGAGAAAGAUUAUGAAAAAGCUUUUGAAUUAUAUUACAAAGUAGCAAAUUUAGGAGAUAGUGAUGCUCAAUACAAUCUUGGUAUUAUGUAUGAAUAUGGAAAAGGAAUUGACAAGGAUAUAAAUCAAGCAAUUUAUUGGUAUGAAGAAUCUGCUAAACAAGGAGAUCAAGAUGCUCAGAAUAAAUUAAAAAAAUUUAAGAAUAUACAGUAAAUAAUUUUAUUUGAAUAUAUAAAUUGAUAGUAUUUUAAUAUAAUGUAGUACAACUAGGCGUAACGCGCCGGGAUAAUACCUGCCAAUCAAAUAAGAGAGUAAUAAUAACACAUUUAUAUUUUAUUUGCAAUGCAGUGUGAAUAUGUCUAGUUUUUUACUGAUUAGUAGGAAAUAAAUGUAAUAAAUUACACAAUUUAUAUGAUUAUACAAAUAUCAAUGAAUUGUGUGCAAGUGUUAUACAGUAUAUGAAAUAUUAUUAUUAAAUGCAAAUUUUAUUUAUCACACGAAACAAAUGUUGCAGUACUGUGAAAUUUA